UCUUACAAGAGCUUUGCCCAAUACCGUCGCAGCUUAUCGUCUCUCUCCUUUCACGCCAAAGCUCUCCUCACGGGAGUAGAAAAACCGACCCUUGUUUCCAGGGUUUGGUUUCCUUUUUCAUUUCUUCCGCACUUCUUUUCAAUUCUCUCAACGGAUCGGAACAGCGGGGUGGUGCUGGUGCUUUUAAUUUCCGAAGUGUCUGAUUUGGGCACUUGGGUGGUUUUUCUGCCAGAGAACAAUCUCUUUUUGCCCUCAGAUGGAGUAUCAGCUUCAGGAGAGGCAUUUUGUACAUUUUGCAAGUGAAGAUUUUUGUGGUAACAUGUGCCAUCUUUCACCAUCAUCGUCCAUCUGCUGAGGCAGGGAAAAUUUUAAGUUCGUAGACUCUUGAGUUAUUUUUGUUGCUUCAACAAUGCAAACAAGAAAAAAGGUUCUUGCAAGAAAUGCUUCUAGAGAUCAUGCUAACUCUAGAACUUGUAGACAAACAAAAAAGGUGAUUGCAUUUGGUGAAAAGAAAGUUACAGAGCUUAUCACAUCGUCUGCUAGAAAACAGAAAUCUGCUGGAAUUCUAUCAAGGAAAAAUAGAUAUGCACAAGUAGAAAGGCGUUUGCGCUCUGGCUGUGAUGUGGUGCAAGAUAAGAAUCAGGACAUCUCUGCUACAGAUGGGACUUUCCUUUGCCAUAAGCAGCAAUCUGAAGAUAAAGUUGCAGAUUAUGUGGUGGAUACCAUGUUUUCCCCUGCCUUUCAUCAUCAUAAGGACAUCUGUGGUGGCAUUCCUGAUAAAGCUGGCGCUAUGGACUUGUUCAAGAGCAAAGACCAAGCAAAUCAUCAUGAUGUUGAGGUUGAAGAAUCAAAGGAGGUCGAUGCCUAUUGUGGUCCUGGUACAUUAGAAAAUCAGCAGAAACAUGUUGAGAAGAGAACAGAAGUCGUGUCAGCAUGUGCAUAUGAUGAUAAAGUUGAUUUGACAAAUCAUUUUCAUACUCUUCAUAUGGAAUCAAAUCAUGCAAACUCAUCAUGUGGUGAUGAAUAUAGUGCUCUGGGGAACCUCUCUUCUGAAGUUUCAGCCAUAUAUCUUGCAAUGCAGAAUUCUAAGUUGGAGUGUAUUGAAGAACAAAAUCAUAAUUCAAUGUCAGCCGAAGGUUGUGUGGAGCUUGAUGAAGGUGAUGAAUUUGAUGAUUUUGAUCCAUACUUAUUUAUCAAGGAUCUGCCUGAUUUAUCGGCUGUAGUUCCAAGAUUUCGGCCCAUGCUUUUGCCAAAGCAGACACGGAGUUGCCCUUCAAUUACCCUUGUUCUUGAUUUGGAUGAGACUUUAGUUCAUUCCAGCCUUGAACCAUGUGAAGAUGCAGAUUUUACAUUUCCAGUUAAUUUCAAUCUUAAAGAGCACACAAUAUAUGUACGCUGUCGUCCUUAUCUUAAGGACUUCUUGGAGAGGGUUGCCAGCCUAUUUGAGACAAUUAUAUUCACUGCCAGUCAAAGUAUAUACGCUGAACAGCUCCUCAAUGUACUUGAUCCAAAAAGGAAAUUAUUUCGCCACCGUGUUUAUCGUGAGUCUUGCGUUUUUGUGGAGGGUAAUUAUCUAAAGGAUCUGUCGGUUCUUGGUCGUGAUUUGGCACAUGUCCUUAUCAUUGAUAACUCACCUCAGGCAUUUGGAUUUCAAAUUGACAAUGGUAUUCCUAUUGAAAGCUGGUUUGAUGACUGUAAUGAUCGGGAACUGCUUUCACUACUACCCUUCUUGGAGAGUUUGGUUGGGGUUGAGGAUGUCCGUCCACUGAUAGCCAAAAAGUUCAAUCUUCGUGAGAAGAUAGCUUCUGCAGCUUGCCUUUCUCUUGACUUCAGAAGGUGAGGAAUCAUAUUCUUGAAAAAGUUUGUAGGGAUUGAGUUCCUCAGAAGUAUGCGGGGAUUGAGUUCAUCCAAAAGAAGUAUGUAGGUGGCUAAAGCCUUCCGAUACCUCUCGAUAUUUGUCUGCUUUCCUUCAGCCUCUCAUUUUACCUCUUCUUGCACCAUUUGUUUUGUUGUAAUUGGUCGUGUGGGAAGGGAGAAUGCUUUGUAAACAUUAAACUAUAUUUAUCCAAUUGGAAAAUGCUACCAGAUUUUGCAAUUGGUGAUUAAUAAACUCUGAUAACUUCUCUCCGAGAAAGUUGUUUUAAUGUC